AUGGAUCCAGGAAGGAGAGCCAUGAUUUCAGGUCGGAAAUCACCAGCAAGAGAUGUCACAGCCCCCCGGAGAGACGACAACGCCCGCGUCUCGAAACCGAAUCGACCAACGGGCUCAGGAAGCCGAACUCCAGACGUCCGGCCUCCUCGAAACAACCAGACGGAAGAUGAGCAAACACGGCAGUGGGUAUCACAAGAAGAUAGCUUCGUCUUGAAACAGGCAAAGAAGAAGGCAGAUAUCCGAGUUCGAGAAGGAAGAGCAAAACCCAUCGACUGGCUUGCAGUCAUUCUCCGGGUCAUAGACCCCGACAGAGAUCUCCUGGAUGAUGACGAAGAGGAAGUUCAGCACGAUGUUGUUGAUCCGGAGGGGGUGUUCGAGGGUCUUAAUGACGCACAGUUGGUCGAGCUGGAUAUGAACAUCGCAUCCUACCUUGCUCUGGAAACGAACAAGAAGAAUCAAGAUUACUGGAAGACAAUGCAGAUCAUAUGCAACGAUCGUCGUGAAAAGCUUAAGCCAGUAGGCCGUGAAGGACGCGCCGUGAGUUCAGUGGCAGCAGACGUUGACAAGCUAUUGGGACCAAAGACAUACGAGCAGUUGGAGGCUUUGGAGAAACAAAUUCGCGCAAAGCUCCGAUCCAACGAACCAAUCGAUGUUGAUUACUGGGAGCAACUUUUGCGAAAUCUCCUCAUCUACAAAGCGAAGGCGAAGCUAAAGAAGGUCUAUCAAUCAGUUCUCGACAGUCGACUCGACACACUCCGAAAACAACAAGAAGAGGAUGCAGAAGGCGUUCGUUCGAGGCUACAGGAGAUGCUAGCUGGACCUAUCAAUGUUGUCGAAGAAGGCGCUGAUGUCCGAGACAACGCAGCGAAUGUCUCACCAAUUGUCCGACGACAACCGAUAUUUCAGUACUCCCAAAAAUAUGAUCCCGAGCCACUCUUGAAACUACAUUCUGAAGAUAAGUCAAACGAGGUUAUUGAUGAAUCAGUAUUUCUUGAGAAGCUUGUUGCCGAGCGUCGCAGAGUCCUAAAACUUGGCUAUGUUCCGUUGCGACGAUCACCUACUGAAAAAGGUACAAGCUCCAGUAGUAAAUCCAUUAGCGCAGCUACGAGUUCUGCACCUCCAGGAACCCAGCGAUUCUCUACCAUUGUCAACGAAGACUUUUCUCAGGCAACAAAAGCAUUGUAUGAGAGAGAGGUUGCUCGUGGAAUCGACGAGGAUGAGGAAAUCUUCACCGCAGAAGAAGCUGUCACAACUGCAUCGACACCCCAAUGGGCAGACAAAUACCGACCAAGAAAACCUCGCUACUUCAAUCGUGUGCAGAUGGGAUAUGAAUGGAACAAAUACAAUCAAACCCAUUAUGAUCACGACAACCCACCGCCCAAGGUCGUUCAGGGAUACAAAUUCAAUAUCUUCUAUCCCGAUUUGAUUGACAAAUCCAAGGCACCAACCUUCAAGAUCAUCAGAGAGCAUGGUCGGAGACGUGGAGAAUCUUUUGCCCCAGCUGGAGAGGAAGAUACUUGUCUGAUUCGUUUCAUUGCAGGACCGCCUUACGAAGAUAUUGCUUUCCGUAUAGUGGACAAAGAAUGGGAUUACAGUGCGAAGAGAGAUCGCGGCUUUCGCAGCAGUUUUGACAAGGGCAUUCUCCAAUUGCACUUUCAAUACAAAAAGAUAUACUAUCGGAAGUGA